AUGCCCUUGAACAUGGUUCGCAUUGCAGCAAGCCUCGCUGGGCUUGCCGUUGCAGCUGAUGCCUUGCCAGGUCUCGAUCCUCGUCAAGCGGUAUGUCAACUUGAUGGAAGAUCAUACACGGAGAACAGACUAAUGAGUUGUCACAGGGAGGUCUUUGGAGCACUGUCGCCGGUGCAGGUGUUGGCGGAGCGCCCACCUCUGCUGCCAUCGUUGUCAACAAGCCCGCCAUCCCGACCCAAGCGGCUUCUGCACUCAGCAGCAUCAUGUCCUUCCUCCCAACCGGCGUCUCUAUCGGCCCAGCCACUAGUGCAUACUCUUCUGCCAUGGUUUCGAGCAGUGCGGCUUCCUCUUACUGCUCGGCCAACGGCACCACCUAUCAAACCAACCAGCAAGUCACUUCUGGUAACAGCAGCUACACCAUCCGCUGCGGUACGGAUAAUUCCGUUGGUUCGUAUCAGGCAGUACAGGUCUCAUCCGGCGGCUUUGCUUCGUGUGUAGCCGCUUGCGAGAAUAGCGGUGGAUGCCUGGGCUGGACGUAUGUUGGCUCCGACAGCAGCGGCUUUUGCUACCUGAAGAACUCCCAAGGCUCAUUCUCCCCUGCUGGCUCGAACAUCAUCUCUGGCUUCAAGCAAAAUCCGUCUCCAGGAGGAGCCACUACCACUUCUGCAGCUGCCGCUCCGACGUCGACUGCGCCCACUGAUUGUGAGGCUCUUGCAAGUGGUAGCGGUCCCGCUCAAUAUACCGAUUCCAAUGGUGCCAUUUACAACAUCACCUGCAAGCAAGACAUUGGUGGCGGAAACCUGAAGUCCGUCCAAGCUGGUGCUUUCCAAGGCUGCUUUGCCCCUUGUGACCAGGCAAAGAGCUGCGUAGGCUUUUCCUACCUCAACGGCUACUGUUAUUUGAAGUCCGUACAAUCUGGCAACCUAUCGCCUUCUGCUGCCGAUGUCGCCGUACUCGUCAAGAAGGCUGCCAAUGGUGUGACGGCAACUAUUGGCAACAAUACAAUCACCGCCACCGUCCCAGGCGCACCAUCUGUCACGCCGAGCGCUGCUUGUACAGCUCUCCCUAAGCAGGUUGGCCUCUACACCAAUACUUGUGGAGCGGAUCGACUUGGAGGUGAUUUGUACUCUGUGAUGGCCAGCUCUUUCCUGGGAUGCGAGGAGCCUUGCGAUGCAGAGGAUGAGUGCGUUGGAUACACCUACAUCGGCGGCUCCAGCCCAGGUACUUGCUACCUGAAGUCGAGCCUCUCUCCGCAAACCAACAACUCAGGUGUUGAUGUCGCAAUCAAGCCUCAGAGCGUCAUCAGCAGCAUCGUGUCUAGUGGCUUGCCCAGUAGCAGUGCACCAAGCGCAAGCAUCCCAGCUGCCAGCGCGCCUAAUGGACUGCCUACUGGAAUCCUGUCGAGCGUUCCAUCUGGGUUCACCGCUGUGCCUAUCACUGCUGUCCCUGCCUCUCUUGAAUCAUCUGUUCCGAAGCUUACCCUCGCUCCUGGCGUCGUGCCCACUGGUAUGGAACCUAUUCCCAAUUCAGUGGCGAGCCAGAUCGGAGGCGGUCUCGCCGCAUCUGCUAGCAAGUCGUCUGCUGGCGUCCCAACUGGUCUCUUGUUCAGUAUUCCCUCUGGCUUCACCGCAGUGCCUACAACCGCCAUCCCUACUGGUCUUGCGUCUAUGCAAAGCCUUCCUUUGGCCUCGGGAGUUGUCCCUUCAGGAAUGACUGCGGUCCCCAACAGCGUAGCUAGCCAUCUCGCCAGCGCAAGCGGCAACAGACUUCCCAGCGGACUUGCAACGGGCAUCCCAUCUGGCUUCACGGCCAUCCCAGCAAGCGCUAUCCCAAGCGGUCUGUCCAUCGUACCGCCUGCGAGCAUGGAUUCUGUCAAUGUUCCUUCGGGCUUGACCUUGGUACCGAACAGCCUAACAAGUCAUCUCGCGACUGCCAGUGGUGCUCAGGGUUUGGCCACGAACAUCCCAUCAGGCUUCACUACCCUUCCUACUAGCGCUAUUCCUGCCAGUUUGGCAAAUGCGCUUCCGACCGCACCAGCUGUGGCAUCUGGCGUGGUACCGUCUGGACAGGCCCUCGUUCCCAAUAGCAUCGCCAGCCAGAUUGUUCCUCACAACACCGUGCUUGUCUCAAUGUCUGGAUCCACGCCUGUGCCUGUCACAACCAUUUCCGCCUCUGGAUCGGGCGCUACUUCAGCAACGGUGACGGUGUCUCCCUCGGGAUUGAACUCUGCAGGCGGUCUUUCAAACCCCCAGUCGGCACCAUCGGCCUCUUCAAGCUCGUUUUUCACCGCCAGAAUCCCGAGCGGAUUCACCAUCGUGCCCAUAAGCCAAAUUCCGACUGGUUUUGCAAGCAUGCUGGCCUCCGCUUCGGCUCCAUCAGGCGCUUCGGUUCCAUCGGGCUUCGCAGCUGUUCCUGCAAGCAUUUUCUCGGUGCCUACUUCGUUGGCUGUGCCAUCGUCCUUCAGCACCAGCUUUGCCCCUGCGGCCGAGCCAACAAGUGCUCCACCGCCCCCCGUGCCGUCCGCCAGUGCUUCCAUGGUGGCCAGUGUCGUCACUCAUACCGUCAUCUCGCAGUUCUCCAGUGCCGGAUCGGUUGCCUCGACUUCGCUCGCCAUUCCAACUUCGCCGCCGGCCCAGACCCAGAGUGCUCCUGCAUCGAGCACUGUCACCAAUUUUGUAACUAUUCCCGCCGUCGGCGGCCCAACUGCUCCAGGGCAAGCCUCAGCUGCGGCCUCACUCAGCACUGCAUCGUAAGCUAAUCGCAUACUACUUGCUAUGGGCACAGACUGACCUUCACAGGAUCCCCAAAGUCGCAACAACCACUCAAGCCGUCUCGAUCCCCUCCACGACCGUGGUCGCGGGCGGUUACCUCCCCGGUGGUGACCAAUGCCGUGCUUUUCAGUCAACAACCCAGUCAUUCUGGCUGAUCAGCGAAGUACUCAGGGGCAAUCCUGCUUUUGGUGGUCUGUACUUUGCGAACCCCAACUUCAGUAAGUCUUCUGCUCCGGAGUCUCCUUGCCAAGAGAGGUCCGCGUCCAGGCUGACGUCUCUUGAUAGCAAAUGCUGAAGGGUCUUUCACCCUCGCCGGUCUUACCAACGAUCUUUCUCAAGCAGCCGAUCUCUUCUAUUAUGACGGCAAGCACGUCAUCGUCACCGUCGGCACCCGCACAGACUACAUUUGCACCGGCAUCUCGCUCAUUCCCACCGGUUUCAGGCAUCACUGGCUGUGGCGCGAGGAGGCAGCAGCCGAGUCACAUCGAGCGGAGCAAGGCAAGUCAGCCUUGUCCACGCUCUACGAGUCCAAGAUCUCCCCGGUCGUCUUGACGCCCGGAUUCGGAAGCGAGUCUGCGGGCGGGAGGAAUGCCAAGGAGAUGACCUAUUCGACGGCCAACUGGAGUGCUUGGUACGUGUGCGAUGCGAACCAGUUGAUGUGGGUUGCUUCGGGUAAGGAUCUCCUCAAGGGUGGCAGGGACUUGGAGAAGUGUGCUGUGAUCAAGUUGAAUAAGGUGCCGCAGUAG